AGCAAGAUGCUGUCCUGGCGCCUGGAGACGAGCUCCGAGAAGGCUGAGCUGCAGGAACUGAACGCCCGGCUUUAUGACUAUGUGUGCAGGGUGCGGGAGCUGGAGCGUGAGAACCUGUUCCUGGAGCGGGAGCUGCGCGACCGGCAGGGCCAGGAAGACGUGUGGGCCGAGGGCCAGGUCCGCUUCGCCUCCGAGGCCCGCGUCUUGCGGCAGCAGUUGGAUGAGCUGAGCUGGGCCACGGCGCUGGCCGAGGGUGAGCGCGACGCUCUGCGCCGGGAGCUGCGUGAGCUGCAGCAGCUGGGCGCGGAGGAACGCGCUGCCCGCAGCCGCCGGGAGGCCGAGGUGGGCGCACAGCAGCGCGAGCUGCAGGAGGCGCUGGGCGCGCGCGACGCCCUCGAAGCUCUGCUAGGCCGUCUGCAGGAGGAGCGCCGCGGUCUGAACGCGGCCCACGAGCGCGACGUGCGGGAGCUGCGCUCGCGCGCUGCCCGCCUGACCAUGCGCUACCACGCUCGUGCCACUGGCCCUGCGGCACCCUUGCCGCACCUGCAGGAGGUGCAUGACAGCUACGCGCUCCUAGUGGCCGAGUCGUGGCGGGAGACGGUGCAGGCUUAUGAGGACGAAGUGCGGGAGCUGGAGGAGGCGCUGCAGCGAGGCCUGAAUAGCAGGCGUGAGGCCGAGAAAGAAGCGCGGUUGUUUGCGCAGGAGGUGGGCUUGCUGCGGCGGGAAGCGCUGGAGCUGGGGCAGCUGCGCGCUCACUUGGAGGAAGAGCUGCUGCGGAUGCGGGAUGAUUACGAUCUGCAAGUCAAGGAGCAGCAGAGAAUGAUUGACUCCCUGGAGGAUGAGAAGGCAGAUCUCACCUUAGCCUUGACCAGCCGGCUGCUGGACCAUCAAGCGCUUGUGCAGGUGAAGGCCAGCCUCAGCCUAGAGGUGGCCACCUACCGUGCCUUACUGGAAGGAGAAAGUAAUCCAGAAAUACUGAUCUGGACUGAACACAUUGAAAAUAUACCGCAAGAAAUCAGAAACACAUCCUAUCAAUACAGAAACUCUGUAAUACAGAGGGAAAAUGAAAGACAUCUAUUCCCAAGGCGGAAAGCAGUUCCAAUGAGUUUAAAGCACAGCGCAGCGCUGCAUUCAGCCUUGUCUGCACAUCGGACAUCUCAGACAAGCACAAGUGUGGAGAGUGUGGCUCAGGGCAGCAUCCGGGGCUCAGGAUACUCACCCUUGACCACUGUCUGGCAGGAAAACACUAGUGACAAAACUGCCAAUGAGCAGGCACGUUUCAGAACCUUUUCUCCCACCUAUGAUCUUUUAAGAAAAACAGAAAUGCAACUGAAAAGACUCCCUGAAAGACCAAGAACUGAAGGGGCAAAUGAUGCCUCCACUGUCCGGGAGUCACAUCGAGAAAGCCAGGACAACAGAGUGCUGGGCACCUCUGAGAGCACAUGUUCAAGUGACAGGACUGUCACCUUGGGAAAGAAAACAGAUGUGAAAGGCGCAGAGGAGCGAGGAAGAAUCAUACCAGGAAUGGGCAGGACAAAGCAAGAGGAGAGAGUGUUUGACUCUAAAGAGAAGGCUUCUGAGGAGAGAAACUUAAGGUGGGAAGAGCUUACCAAGUUAGAUAAAGAAGCAAGAAAGAGGGAAAGUCAGCAAAUGAGGGAACAGGCUAAAGAGAAGGAGUCACUGAAGGAGAAAAAUGUGCGUGCGAGAGAGAUACCAAUUACUAUGAAAACAUCGCAGGAAAACAUCCCCGAGGCAUCACCACAGAGCUUCCACACAUCUGUCAAGAAGGAUAUUGGUGGUAAGAGACCUAUAGAGACAAAAACAAGAGAAAUGAAGUUCAGUCUGGACACCAGCAAUGCCCCCAGCUCCCUGAAAGGUGAUGCCAUGACCAAAACCAUCGCAGAAAACAUUGUCUCCAGUAUCCUUACACAGUUCACGAAGGCCCCAGAUACAGAAGCAUCUGCUGCUUCUUUUCCAGACACCAAGGUCACUUACGUGGACAGGAAAGAGCUGCCUGGUGAUAGGAAGACAAAGACUGAGAUUGUCGUGGAGUCUAAACUGGCGGAGGAGGUUGAUAUUUCCAGUGAUACUGGCCUGGACUAUCUUCUGAGCAAAGAUAUGAAGGAAGUGGGGCUGAAAGGAAAAUCUGCUGAGCAGAUGAUAGGAGACAUAGUCAACCUAGGCCUGAAAGGAAGAGAGGGGAGGGUCAAGAUUGUCAAUGUGGAGAUCGUUGAAAAGCCCAUGAGCUAUGCAGGAGAGAAAGUACAGGAGCUCCCCACCCCUUGUCAGGUGGAGGAGGUCGAUGAUGUGUCUCCAGACACCAAGGGGUUAGUUGAGGAAAAGGAAGUUUAUGAAGAAACAGAUAGCGCCUUCUCAGUCAGUCAGUUUUCAAAGAUGAAGCAGCCUCCUCAGAACUUAACUCAGGUGGAAGAGGUGACAGAGGUAUCUGAUUGGGAGGGAGAGCAGAGUUAUUUCGUGUCAACUCCAGAUGAUCACCCAGGUGGGCAUGACAGAGAUGAAGGCUCCGUGUAUGGGCAGAUCCACACUGACGAAGAAUCCACCAUCAAGUACUCGUGGCAAGACGAAAUUGUGCAGGGGACCCGGAGAAGGAAGACAGAGGACAGGUUGAGAGAGGAGGAGGAGGAGCACCUGUAUUCUUCUCACUGGAGAGAAGAAGCUAAACAUGGUGUGUUUCAUGCUAAACCCAUAGUCAUUGAGAAGGAAAUUAAAAUACCACAAGAAUUUCACAUCUCCAGUAAGGAAGUCUUUGCCAUGGAGCCCAAGAACCAGCUGGGAGAGGUUAUGGAGCAGCUGGAAGAAAGGCUUCCGGAGCGAGUAAGGAAAGAGCUGUCCGCCUUGAGCCGAGAGGGCGCGGGUGAGCCUGGCAGUGUGGCUGUGGAUGUGAAGGAAGUCCAGAGCUCUGGUGGUGGUUCCAUGACCUUAGUUGCUGAAGUCAACCUUUCACAAACUGUCGACGCUGAUCAGUUAGACCUGGGUGAGCUGAACCGAUGCGAAACUAGUGAAAUAGAGAAAGCUGUGGAGUCAGUGGUUCGGGAGAGUUUGACCAAGCGAUCUAGUCAAGUGCCUGGAAGCCCUGACCAGAAAGGAGUGGAGGCCCUGGCCACUGGCAUUGGUUUCAAACGCUGGGCCACCAGGGAACUGUACAGCCCAUCUGUUGAAAGGGAGGAUGCCAGCCCAGCUUCUCCAAGCACCGACUCAGUCACCUGGCAGGGUCCAGUGUUGGCCACUGUGGAAAUCAGCAGCCCCAGGGGCCUUGGCCAGUCCCAGGUGCUUGAGGACAUCAGCCAGUCUGUAAGGCAUAUUCAGAUAGGCCCCACUGCGGUGUGGAGGGCUGAGCAGCUCUCACCUGGGAGAUCUCCGUCAGAAGUGGAGGUAAGUGGAGGAGGCACUAGCCAGGCAGAGUGCUCAGCAGACAUCACCUGGUCUUUGAGGCACUUUCAGCAGGGUCUUGGUCAGAGUCAGAAGUCUCAAGAAGUCUCCUUCCAAGGGUCUGUCUCUGCCCUUCAGGAGAAAGGGGACACAGAAGAGCCUGGUGAGUUUUGGUUAGACACUGGUCAGUAUAGGAGGCACGUCAUGUUUGACUCCAAACAGUUACAUGCUAACAAGGAAAUUGUUUUUGAGGGCCACGUUCCUGGGACAGGGAAGGUUGGCCAUUAUAUUCAAACUAAAGAGUCCGUGGGUAUACAGAUGGACCUUGAACUAGACCCUGAAGGAGGGUACAGUGAGGAGAGUCAGACCACAGCCCCGUUAGAGAAAUUGGAGCCAUGUUCCGAACAUGCUAGCACACUCCCCAGUUACGGCACAUCCACUGGGCACAUUCCAAUUGCUCCUCAGAUCCCUACCACAGAGCAGGUGAUUUUCCUGGGAGCUCUUCCCCAGCCCACAGGGCUUAGUGACUCAGAAAGCUCUGUGCACAGACAGCACCACAGACAUAACCCAAGCACUCAUCAUUCCACUUCAGAGAAAAGAAACCUUAUGGUUGAAAAGAACUCUUCGAGUGAGGCUUCUGCAUCUCCUCCAGAGGAGAGUGGAGAAAGUCAACCAGUAGAAGUGACAUCAGACACUAGCAGGUCCUUCAGGGAUAUUAGACGAGGUCCUGCAGAAGCCGAACACUCUGACUAUAUUGUCUUCACGGACCCUAAAGCAUUUGCUCUUGCUGGGUCCACAGCUACUUCCAAGCUGGGGUUAGCAGAUAGCAACAGGCCAGUGAGGCAUGUUACACUGGAGCCCAUGGAAACUUCCUUUGCCUUUCAGAUCGAUGUGAGCAACCUGGAGGCAACCCCCAGCUCUGCACCAAGGACACAGGAGGUCAUGAUCCACUUCCCUACUGUGAAGGAAGCAGCAACACCUGGGGAAUCUGAUGGUGGUGCCUGGACAGGGGCUGGCAGUAAGGAGAGGGCAGAAAUUGGGAGCGUUCAGGCCUCCACUGGUGAUAGAAACUGGGCCCUUGGGCCAGAGGACCAGGAGCAGGCUGUGUUUAAUAAGACAGUGCAGCAGCAGAGGAUGGUCGACCAGAGGUUGGUGGUUUCAGAUGACAAGAAGGUUGCUCUGCUCUAUCUAGAUAAGGAAGAGGAGGAGGAAGAUAGUAAUGGGCACUGGUUUUGA